GCCGAGAAGACACACUUCCCGGUAACGAAACAGAAAUUGCAAAUACUGGUAGCAUUCGAUCGUUUGAAUAUCCAAUCAGCUCCCCAACAAUAUGAGACUGAUUCUACUGGCGAUGUUGUUAGGGUGUGCCCUGGCGGCCUCCACUAACAGGGUGAGACGGAAUAAAUUUGAGAAGGGAAAUCGUCUCAGGCCGACGCCCAAAGCGACACUUGAUCGGGACGGCGAAGACUUCAAUCGGCCUAGGGUGAAGCGCAAAAGCCAGUUCGAGAAAGGCAAUCGUCCCACGCCGACGCCCACAAUGCCACUGGAUUUAGUGGACGGCGAAGACAACCGCUCUGGCAGGGAUCGUCGCGCGCCACCGGCGACCUGGCCUAAUAACAAAGUUUGCUACGAGUUUGCCAGUGGUUUCAAUGAUGAUAACAUGAAGAAAAACCUCAGAAAUGCCAUGAACGAAUUUGAGAGAGUGUCGUGUAUGAAGUUCAUAGAGGCAGGCACGAGCGACGCCAGUUGUACAUCACAGAGCUCACCACUCCUAACGGUGCAGAAUACCGCAGCAGGAUGCUGGGCACAUGUUGGUUGUCAUUCAUCGACGAACACAGUGAAUGUACCUACGAAGUGUGAUUUGUACGAUGAGAUAGGAGUGUUGAUCCACGAGUUGUUCCACGCCCUCGGACGAUACCACGAGCAUACACGACCGGACAGAGACCACUUUGUCACGGUUCAAUGGGAUAACGUUUUAGACGGCCAGGCCCAUAACUUCGAGAAGCAUACAAGCGAUGAUUUCAUCACAUUCGGAAUUCCCUACGACUACGAAUCCAUCAUGCAUUACGGCAGAAGCUUUUUUGCCAAGGACAAGAGUCAGCCUACAUUGACACUGAUAGACACGAAGUACAAUGACAAGGUCGGCAAACAGAAGCAGCUGUCUCCGUCAGACGUCUUGUAUGUCAACAAAUUGUACGAGUGUUACGAAGGUGAACCGGAACCUUGCAAAAAUGGUGGUGAGAGGAUGGCGAGCAGCGACUGUUACUGCAUCUUUCCUUUCAUGGGUACAGACUGCGGAGAUGUUGACCCUGGCGUUACGGUAACAGAGAAUGAUGGCAGUGGACCUAUAUCAUUGGUAUCGCUGAACUACCCAGAUCACUACCCUCUCAAUACUGUAACACAGAAUCUGCUUAUGUGUACAGAUACUAGUAAGAAGGUUCAAAUUGUCGUCGAAGAUUUCGAUGUUGAAGGUUACGGCUGUUACUAUGACAAAUUUCGGUACACACUGAAGGCUGGUGACGUCAACCCAGAAACUAAAUGCGAAGAUGAUCUCAAAGGCUCCACGGUGAAGGCAGACGGCAACAGCAUAUUCAUAACACUGGUCAGUGACGACAUGUAUACCUUCAAAGGAUACAAAAUGGAGUUCACGUGUGUUUAAACAAGCAUACUUCACGGCCAAACCGCACUAAAAGCAUCGUGACAGUUUACGUUAGAUAUAGGGCCUACUAUAUGUUAAAUGUAAAUCAACAGUUGUGUGCCACUUCAUCAGUCACACUCUGUACUCUGUGAAAUGCUUAAAACAAACUGUGAAAUGGGAAGGGCUUUAAGGCCAGUCCAUACUGCAGGCGAAUGCGACAGCGAAGCAAAUUUGACAUCACGCAAAAAUUACAGCGAAAUUUCGCUUGAGUUGAAAUGUGUUCAAGUUUUAUGAAUUCGCAACGCGAAUUUCAUCUGAUGAGCCGUUGCGUUUGUGUGGUUUCUCGCGCAAUAUAGCGGACGUCUUAAAUUCGCUUUCGUCUUCGCUUGCGCACGGAGUAUGAACUGGCCUUUACUUUGAAAAAAUGAUAACCUGAAAUGUUGCAGCACGACCUUCAUUGACGUUUUCCAAAUCUGCAUAAUCUACAUUCAAUACACUGACUUUGUGACGCUUUUUAUGCGGUAAAAGACCCCCUUGUUCGCAGCAUGCUCACACCGUCAGAGUAAUACAUGUGUUACGAACUCAUUGGUAACCAAAGGACGUACGCUCCAUCAAAAAAAAAAUCCACUUCUCCAUCGCUCUGAUUUCGUUGCAUCCCUUUUGGCUUACAUAGGCCUAAAGGUGCUUUUUUGUAAGAUUAAGACUGCACACAGUAUUUUCUCACCCCGUUCGUGUGUAAAUUCAAUCCAUAAAUUCUUCAGGAAAUGCUUUUUUUAACCACAUUGACGUACACCAUACAUGCCGCGUGUGGCGGGGGGGGGUGCUGAAGGCCGUUCAUGUUUCUUCCGUUUAAACGACUGAAAACAGACUAAUCGAAGACUACGGAUUGGCAGCCCACUCUCCAAGGACUUUGUCGGAACCCGUGGGCUGCGAGAUUCCCAAGGCCAAGCCUACAUCUUGCAUAUCCCAACACACAAAUAUCAUGUACAAAAAUUUCAGAAGGAAAUCUAUAAACUGUUCGAUAACAUCACGGACCGCAAAUAAAAACAGACAAUUUCUCCUGCAUGAUGAAACGAAUUUUUGAUGAAGGCUGUCAUGCCAAAACUAGUACGCUGUAACUUUAUUUUCCUACAACUACAGUCGUGAAAUUUGCACAGUAUAAUUUUCUGCGGCUUCCAUGCACAACAAAGAGCAGGUCUUACAUUGACAAGUCUCGGCGUUUACAAGCAAAAGACAGAUCACACAAAACCAGCCAUUCAUGAUAGACCUUGGGAAUUUCACAUGAAUUGUAAAUAGUUAACAAUAUAGUUAUCAGUAUCUAAUGUAAUAAAGUAUAUAGCAGUUACCAGCGCAGGAAACCUCGGACCUGUAAACUUGACAUAGUUGACGUAGAAAAACCUGGAACAAGAACGCUUUGCUGUGAUUACUUUACUUUCUUCUUGUAUAAUUUGUUUAUUUUUGGCCAGAUUUUUCAAAUAAUUUAAAGAAAGGGUUCGUCCAUCCACAACAACGUAAACUAUAUAUGACCUCAGAGAGCAUGCAGUAAGCAAUGUUUCACUCCGUGAAGGCAUUGUAUUCGUUCGUUACCCACUGGUGCAACUUGUUUGCUCCGUAAAAUUUCAUCAAAUGGCACAAAAUAAGGGCCCAUAGUUCCCGAUCAGGAAAUUGAUUCAUUUUGUAACAACCCUGCUACGAUCAACCCCAGGACGAGCAUCAUUUUAUCUAUUAAACAAUAACAUAAACCAGCUUUGCAAAGAAAAUCAAUCAAUCAAUCAAUCAAUCAGUCAAUCAGUCAAUCUUUUACCUACACCAUCACUAUUUUCCCCCAAUAAUCAAAGACCCUUCGAGUUAUUAUCUGUAUCAUCGUGGUGUAUUAGUUAUUGUUGGUUAAAGUGUACUGGAAUAAUAUUCCGAUUUGAACUUUAUUAAAGAAAAUCUUGACUGCAUUAACGUGCCUCUGUUUUGCCAUUGAUCUAUUUAAAGUAUUCCUUUCAAGGUAUGUUUCACCUGUUGUCAUUAGAAUCAAUUUCAAAAGCAUUUCGGGCUUCUUCGGAAGCGCCUCCAACUUUUGGUGGUGGUGGUGGUGGGGGGAGGUCAUGCGGCCAAGUUCGGGCUUAUUCAACAUCAUGUUGGGAGAGAACACUAUAUCAAAAGCCUCGCGGUCCCAACAUCCUUGCUUUUAUUUGCUGGUGUUGUUUUCUUAAGGUUUUGGUGCUAGUAUUUGAUAAAAGAAAUACCGAUUUCUUUCUUUCCUACUCACCUGUGAAGUAUUCUUAGUAAAAAGGGGGUGUGUGUGAAAAAAAUCCGUCGGGGAGGCAAGUUUCCCCUCCCCCCCCAUCCCGCUGAAUACGCCACUGCGCAUGUCGCAACAUGUAUUUUUAGUCUACAAUCUGUGUGCAAUAACUAAUUUUUUUCUGGUAUAAAAUCUUAAUGAGAUAGACAAUUCUCUGCGUCUGAAAUAGCUUUGCCUUAUCGUGCUUUUUGCCAAGGAUAAUUCUUUAAAAGUUAACUUAGAAAUAAAAAAGAACUCUACAGAAAGGAAUGUUUUGACGACUAGAUUCGGCUAAGAAACCCAUAAAUGGAUAAAUGAAAGCGACUGUUA